UCAAAACCAACUACACAUAAAAAGAAUGAGAGGGGGUAAAAUCUUUCCGUGGCAGAGAAAUCUUUUCCCUGCCACCGCCGCAGGCAGCUCUCACUCGUCCUGCCACUGCUGCAGAGAGCUCUCACUGGCUCCGUCACUGUUCAAGUGUCUUCCUCGUGAUCACCGUUACCUGCGCCUCCCUCUCGAUCCAUCAGCGUCAAAAUUGUGUUUCCAUUCAAGUUGCAAAUUUAAUUUAUGUGAAAAAUCAGAAAAUCACAAAAACAAUGUGCGGAUAAAGCCGUGUUUCCAUCCCUUGCAUUGAAAAGAACAAAAUAGUCACUUCCGGGGAAAUUGUAGCAACUGUGUGACUCUUUUCUUAAAAAAAUACUUGCGGUUAAGGAUACGCAGACAAAACACUUUAAUAACUUGUUUCAUGACUGGAAAUGACAGCGUGUGUCACAGUUCUGGGAGCACUAUGUGUGUGCGUUCCUCCAUCAUGACUUUGCGGUGUGGAUCUAUAAGAUAUUCUUUAAAAAUAUCAAUAAACCUGCUCUUAGGGAAAAAGUGCAAGUUUUUUGCUCUGCAAACUCUAUGCAGUCUUUGGAUUUUUAGGACACCGGUAUUUCAGAAUGACCAGGGCAACAAUUCAGAUGUGAUGAUUGGUCCGCUGGUUCGUCCAGUUAUGAAUGAAUUACUCAGUCACAUGAUUUUUUUUGAUGCGCAUCUUGUAUUCCUGUUAAAUUCAACAGGUGUUUAUUCAGUAAAUGUGUUUCCAUUACAGUUUAUGCACAUUUCUUCUUAUCAAAUAAAAAACAUAUCCACCUCAAGCGAGCGUAUACAUUUUCUAUGUGCAUUUUGGAGAUUUUAUUUGCAUCUUGGUGUUUCCAUCCAGCAGAUUUCAUGCAAUAUCUUAAAACACGCAUAAAAAAAAAAAAAGUGUUGAUGGAAACACAGCUCCAAUUCGCACCAUCACUUGUGCCUCUCUUGCGAUCCACCACCGUAUAAAAACGUGUGCAUGUACUGUUUCCAUACACUACGAUAUUUAAAACAUUAAUAUGCAUAUUUUGUUGACUCUACAAUCCUGUCUUUUUCUUUUGCACAAGAAAACUUGAUCCAACCUCACAAUGUACAGCCUACAUCGCUUCAAUAUAUACAGAUGUCCAACUUGCACAACAGUAAAGAGAGAUAUAGUUUACUCUUUAGCUCUAGCUCACUGCAAAUUGUAUGUAUUGUCUGUAUUACUUGUUUUUCUGUGGAGUGUUCUGUUGUUAUUUGUACUAAUGUGUGUGUCUACUGGUCAUGUAUGUCAUAUGUUGUCAUAUGUUAGGCCUACUUGCGGUUCAGAAGACACUAUGUUUCCUGACAUCCCCUGCCACACAAGAGAGAAAUGAUCAUAAAAGCACUUGAACUUCAACUUACAGAUUUAAACUUAGGCUGCUGCAGAGUGUGGUAAUAAAGUAACAGGGAGACAGUAAAGCCUAACUUAUUUACAAUAAAACCCUACCAUCCAGCGAGAAUGCUUUGUGUCCACGGUGUCUGUGUCAGUGUGUGUAUCUAUUCAUUUUUAAUUACAAAAGUUAUACUACAUCAGAAUUACAACUGUUGUCUGUUUGUGAUUGUGGGAGAAAAAUUUUUCAUUGUAUUCAUUGCUUGGCACCUUAUUUUACUCUUAUUUUUAUUAAUAUCAUAUUUAAAUUUCUUGUCAGUAUUGUUUUGUGUAUUAAUGCUUUGGUCAUAUUGUAUGUAAACACAAUGAUGCCAAUAAAGUACUUUUAUCAAAAUUGAAUUGAACUGAGUGUAAAAACACACAAAAUAAGCAGCAUUGACAUGUAGCAUCAUUUCUGUUAGUUCAAUCAAAUAAGGCAUCUAAUAAGAUAGGGUCUUAUUUGACAUUAUCAUAAUGUGUGUAAACAAAAAGCUUGACACUCCAUAAAUGUGUUAUACAAACCCUAAAUAUUUUUACAAAUUAAUUUAUUCAAUAUUGUUAACACUGCUUUUAGCAAAAUAACCCUAACUUUACAGGAGGCCAAAUAUAACUAUUGUAAUGUAUGCUACUGUUCAUGUGUUGCAUUAUUGUAACUUUACAAUCAAGUGCCAAUCAAGGCAAUCACUGCAAACAACAGUGCUACCUACAAUAGUAAAUAGGACUCAGACUCUGCACUCAAAAAGGUAUAUUACACACAUUACAUUUUAAUAUUAAAAUGUACAUCAACAUGAGUUCAUAAUCUUAAAAACAUUAAUGAACAUAAUAAGGUGUAUUUAAAUAUUUAAGUUGCCUAUAUUAAGUUUUUUUCCCUAAUUUGGGUUAGGGUUAAGGUUGUCCCUCAAAAUGUUUGUUCUGUCAGAGAUUAUUUAGCAGAGACGGGCCACUUCUAUUAAAAUGAAUGGGAGGAAUUGAAACGCUCAACCAAGGAGAUCUGUGCACUCAACAGUCAAGGGAUGUAGAAAGAAAGUCCCGCCUUACAGUUAAAAGAGACAUCACCUGUCAAUCAACUCUAGAACACGCAUGCGCAUUAGCUAUAAAAGCCAGGAAACCUGCGUUUGCGUUCCGUCAACGCAGAACGCAACUCUCACACUCUAUCCGUCAACGCAGAACGCAGCUCUCACACUCGAUCCGUCAACGCAGAACGCAGCUCUCACACUCGAUCCGUCAACGCAGAACGCAGCUCUCACACUCGAUCCGUCAACGCAAAACGCAGCUCACACACUCGAUCCGUCAACGCAAAACGCAGCUCACACACUCGAUCCGUCAACGCAAAACGCAGCUCACACACUCGAUCCGUCAACGCAAAACGUAGCUCUCACACUAAAUCAGUCAACGCAAAAUUUGCGUUUGCAUUCCGUCAACGCAGAACGCAGCUCUCGCAAUCUAUCCGUCAACGCAGAACGCAGCUCUCGCAAUCUAUCCGUCAACGCAGAACGCAGCUCUCGCAAUCUAUCCGUCAACGCAGAACGCAGCUCUCGCACUCAAUCCGUCACAGGCAGCUCUCGCACUCAAUCCGUCACAGGCAGCUCUCGCACUCAAUCCGUCACAGGCAGCUCUCGCACUCAAUCCGUCACAGGCAGCUCUCGCACUCAAUCCGUCACAGGCAGCUCUCACACUUGGUCUGAUGCAAAAUCAGGAGCUUACGUCUUGCGUGUUCUUAAAGUGUGUGCAUGAUGCAAAGGCAACUGAACUUUGAAUAGUGGUUUCAGUGGAAGUUUGAAUCACACUUAAAAUGUACCGGACAGGACACUGUCAAUAGGAUAUUAACCCCCAAAUAUAUUAGAAAUAUGAUAAAUACAUCACAUGUCCUCCGUAUUUUUGGUCUUUUUGUGUUUGGAGAUCUGAACUGACGCAAAGGCUAGAGAACAGUGUAUACAUUUGGUGUUAAUAACAAAAUAAAAAGUUACAUUCUACAUAAUGCAAGUUUCAUUCUAUAUAAUGAAUAUAAUAUAACAGUAAAUCAUGCGCUGGAGCGUUUUAAAAUGAAUUUUGAUUGCUCUUCCUGCUUAUUUUUUCACAUUCAAAAACAUUUUGUGUGACGGUGAGAGCUUAAGCAGCCGAAUUCAGCCUUGUGUGACGGUGGCAGGUCGAGUGAGAGCCGAGAGAGAGAGCUGGCAGCGGCAGGUCUAGAUUUUA